UCACUACCAAUGGAAAUCCAAAAAAUGGAUCAGUCUUCUAUACAAUUAUACAUGAAAUUAUUGGAUGAGGGUUAUGAAGAUGUUUACAACAUUCGUGUAAUAGUUGUUGGACAUAAAGGUGCUGGCAAGACAACAUUAACGAAGCGUCUGUUAAAUGAAGAUGUUUAUAUCGGUAAGGAAGAAAGCACAAAUGGUAUUGAGGUACAUGUGAACAGAUGUAAAGUUGCCCUGGAGAGAGGACAAUGGAUAAUAUCUGAAAGUGAUAAAAAUCCAACAAAUGCACCGAGUCAACGUAUAGUAGAACUUUUAAAGCAAUCUGCAACCUCUACUGGAUCUAAUUUGAGGAAAACAGACGUAAAGGAUGAUACCAUUGAAGAGGACCCAUUUGAAAAUGAUGGAGAUAAAAAACCAACAAAUGCAUUGAUUCAACGUUUAGUAGAACCUUUAAAGCCAUCUGCAACCUCUACUGGAUCUAAUUUGAGGAAAACAGACGUUAAGGAUGAUACCAUUGAAGAGGGCUCAUUGGAAAAUGGUGGAGCUAACGAAAAAGUUGUCAAAGAUGAAGAGAAAGCUUUUACUACAAAUGAAACAAAAUAUAGUGAGAUUGUUAAGGAUUUGCAGGAUACUCUACAUGAAGGUAGGAAGAUGUCGACUGGAGAUUUAAAAACAGCGGAUGUCUCAAUUUGGGACUUUGCAGGACAGACAGAAUUUUAUGAUACCCACCAGGUUUUUUUAUCCAAAAGAGCGAUAUAUCUGCUAGUCACUGACAUGUCGAAACAAGUGAAUGAUAUAGUUGAAGAUGGUAACAAAAAUUGGAAAAUAUCAGAAUUUGCUGACUUUUGGCUGACUUCAAUUUACGAGUUUUGUGGUACAAAAGACAGUGAUGGUCCACCAGUUAUACUUGUUGGAACUUUUGCAGACAUAUUGAAACAGCAGGAGUCAAAAGAAGAAACCAUAGGUACUUUUUUCUACAAUUUGAGGAAAUGUCUUAUCGAUUAUAAGGCAACAUUCAAUCUUCUGAAAAAGUGCAUUUCAAUCGACAACUCUAUUAAGGAUGAUAAAAUAGAGGAACUGAAACAACAUAUUGUAGAAAAGGCUUCAGAACAAGGGUAUUGGGGUGAACAUUACCCAGCAACAUGGAUAACAUUAGAAAGAAGUAUUGUCAAAUUGAAGGACAUAGGAGUAAAGAUACUUAAAAAGGACCAUCUAUUUGCUAUGAACACCAAAUUACCUGUUCCAAUUAAUCAAAAGGAUGGACUGGAUUUGUUCUUACGUUUUCAUCACGACUCCGGAAAUAUUUUGUACUUCAGUGAAGAGGAAUUAAGCGACACUAUUGUCCUUGAUCCACAGUGGUUGAUAGACGCUUUCAAAAGUCUCAUUACUGCUCAAGACUUCUGCAGCAGGCAAGAUCCAGCAAUAUUUCAAGAAUGGAUAAAGUUUGGAGAGAGUGCAAUUUUGAAAGAAACACUUGUUGAAAAGAUCUGGGACCCGAAAGGGAAUAUUGAGUUUCACAAACACAGACACCUCCUGUUAAAGUAUCUGGAGAAAUUAGGUAUCAUUGCCAAACCUCAUCAUCUCCCUGGUACAUCUGAUGUAACUGAUUACUACUUUGCUCCAUGUUUCCUGAAACAAACACCACCAGAUGAUUUGUUAUCUCCAAAACGGUUACCUGAAAAUAGGAUGUCGACAAGUAAACUGUGCUUGACAACAGAAUUACAAUUUUUACAUGCACAUGUUUUCAACAAACUCCUUGCAGCUUGUAUCAAUAAAUGGCAGCUAUCAAAAAAAGAUGGAAAUUACUUGGUUUACCGUGGAUGUGCUAUAUUUGAUCUGGAACAAAAUCAUACACUUUAUGUGUAUUUUUUCAAUCAUGUAAUUCAAAUAUGGCUCACAAAAUACAGCACAAAAAAGGAAAAGCCUAGCCAAUCUGUAUGUCUUGAUGUUUACACAUUCAUCUUAGACCGGCUCACCAACUGUUUGAACCGUUCUGGUAACGUGAAGGUGUUAUUCAAAUGUUCGUCUUCAAAGCACAAUUCAAUUGAAAAUAUGUUCCCAAUAGAUGAACUGUCAAAAAAAUCAGAAGUUGAAUGCAAAUGCACGACAGAAGAGCAUGUGUUUGAAACAAAGGAGCUUACAGAGUAUUGGCUCAAUGCAAAAAUGUUUCAAAAGAGUUCCUGUAUCUUUGAUGGUAGAUUGAUGCUAUUGCAAAGCCAUGAAAUAAUCACCUUGGAAUCAUCAUUAGAUAAAGAGCCUAUAGGACAAGGUCGAAUUGGCACAGUAUAUUGUUGCAACAAUCAGGAAAUAUUUGGAAUUCCUGUUGCCGUGAAGAAGAUAAAAACAAAAAGUGAUCCAAAAAUUAAAAGUCAAGUCAGAAGGGAGAAGAUAGCCUGUAGACUCAUGAACCCAUUUAUACUACCUCUCCUAGCUGUUGUUGAAAAAUCAAAAGAGGAAGUUUGGUUAAUAUCUCCUUAUUGUGAAAACGGUGAUCUCCAUGAUGCAAUUGCAAGCGGUAAAGAUCAGAACAAUACAGACGAGAUAAACAUAAAUAAUCAGGCUACAAGAGUGAAGAUUUUACUGCAAAUUGCACUAGCGAUACAGUAUAUUCACACCCCUGUCCAGAAUGUCAGAGGUCCAAUUUUACAUAAAGACAUAGCCUCUAAAAAUGUUGUCCUGGAUAAAUAUCUAAAUGCACGCCUUAUCGACUUUGGUUUGGCCCGAGAAAAAGACGAUAAAUCAACGAUCCAUGGAGGAAGAAGAACUUAUGACCAUCCUGAUGUAGGUGAUGGGAAAGGUGCCAAAGAAUACUAUGACUAUCAUAGCUUUGGAAUCAUUAUUCGAGAAAUGUUGACUAGCCUUGAACCUGAAGGAGAUGGUCAUUUCCUAUUGAAAAUGGAUAAGGAUCAGAUUAAAGGAAGAAUUGAUACAAAAGUUUGGAAAUAUAAGGGAGUCAUUCAAAAACUAAAUGACUUAUCCGACAAUUGUUUGAAAUGUCCAUGGACUAUUGAAGAAUUCGAAGCAAAUGUGAUUGAUGAAUUACGAAACAUUAUGGAAACAGAAGUUGAUUGUCAGAUAUUUGAAAACAAAGAGGAAAUUAACUGUCAUCAAUGUAUCAUCAAUCCAAUCGCUAAAAAUUCUUCGUUGACUGACGAUUAUGACAACUGCCGUACAAAAAUAAGAGUGUGUAUGGCUUGCGAGAAAAACAGUUUUCUCAACCCAGUAAUCUGUUAUUGCGGUGCAAAGCUGACAUCCAUGAUAGGCAGUAAAUGGGGAGCAUUACUUGUUGCUGGUGAUGAUGAGAGUCAGGAGAAAGCAGAUGCCAUGAAAAAUGAAAUACUAGAGUUUGAGAGGAUAGUAACCUCACUGGCACCCCGCAUUAUUGGUAUAAGUAAGUGUAAAGUCAAGACAGUCGUACCAGGUGAUACAAAAAUGAAAACAGAAACUGGUGAAUCACAAACAUGGUUGAAAAUUAAAGAGCAUAUCAAGAAUUUCAGUGAAGAUAAGGAGAUUGAUACAUUAUUGAUAUACUUCUCGUGUCACGGUGGUAGCUCUGCCGAUGGAAGUAUGUUUGAACUUGGGAAAAAAUCAGAAUAUAUAUCAUUGGUUGAGUUUCAAAAGGAGCUACACAAAUUGCACAAAAUUGACCGAUUAAUUCUUUUCCUUGAUCGCUGUUUUCCUCCAAAGGUUACAUUGACAAAUAGGAAAUUCGUUCAGAUAAACGCAUGUAGCAAGAAUAAAAAAGCGGUUCUAAACGAAGAAGGCAGCUUGUUUACAAAGUAUGUCAUUCAAGCAUUGAAAGCUAGAUCAGAAGAGAGAGAAUGUUCCAAGGACUGCGAGCAUUGUUAUUCCUAUUGGAGCUCGAGAACAGAAUAUGUCUCUAUUUGUAGCUUAUAUGAUUAUGUUAACAAACAUUUAGAACUAAAGGCACCUCAGCCAGACUGGAAAUUGGAAAGUAUUUGGGAUAACAUUGCUUUCUUUACAGAUGAGGUAGUAGAAAUAGAAUUUACUUUUCAUAAGGAACCUUCGGAAGAUGGUGGUAUAACUAUCCCUCUAUCUCUUGGAUAUCUGAAAAACAUUGACGAGGUCAAACAAAAGAUUCUUUUGGCUUUUAAAGAUUUGCUUUCAGUUGAUAGAAAAACGCACAAAGUCAAAAUACGAAAAGACACGUUCCGGAAUGAUCAACAAGCAGACGAUGAAUGCACAACCUUGGAACAGGUCAUAGAGGCAUGGGUACAAAGGUUUCCACUUUCGGUUACCUUUCAUUAGAAAGAAGGGACAUAGAGAAGCUCUGUCAAAGACGAUUGAAUGAGAAAAACUAUUGAAAAGUAAUUGUGAAUUGAAGUCUUUGAAUGAAUCCCUGAAACAUUGAAAUCUAUGAAUGAAUUCGUGAAACUGAAUGAAUUCAUGAAACAUUGAAAUCUAUGAAUGAAUUCGUGAAACAUUGAAGUCUAUGAAUGAAUCCGUGAAACAUUGAAAUCUAUGAAUGAAUCUGUGAAACAUUGAAAUCUAUGAAUGAAUUCGUGAAACUGAAUGAAUUCGUGAAACAUUGAAGUCUAUGAAUGAAUCCGUGAAACAUUGAAAUCUAUGAAUGAAUCUGUGAAACAUUGAAAUCUAUGAAUGAAUUCGUGAAACUGAAUGAAUUCAUGAAACAUUGAAAUCUAUGAAUGAAUUCGUGAAACAUUGAAAUCUAUGAAUGAAUCUGUAAAACAUUGAAGUCUUUGAAUGAAUCUGUGAAACAGGAUGUAAUGUUUGUCUUUAAGUUUUCAAUAUCAUUGUUACCUAUAUGUUUCUUGAUAUAAACAUAUAGAAGUUAUUAUAUACAUAGAAAUCCCCUUAUUAAGCACU